CGUCAAACAGACAGGACAAACAGUCUACGUUCGGCAAUCUGCACGGUUACGAUGAAGUUCGCGGUAGGUGUAUUACUUUCGGUAGCGCUUGGAGCGCUCGCUGCUCCAACGGAUCUACAACCAACGCUGGUUCGAGACGAAGCUGGAAACCUGCACCUUGUCAACCCGGACCCGUACACCGUGGUUGAUGCCGAGAUGGAACCACUAUUUAACGCUGAGUCCGACAUUGUGUUUCGGUUGUUCACCCGGCAGAAUCCCGUUCAUGGACAGGUGUUGGAGUGGAACAACCCGGCAUCGGUACUGAACUCCAACUUCAAUCCGGGCAAUCCGACUCGGUUCACCAUUCACGGCUGGAACGGUGACGGAACUUCAGGACUUCACUCGAACAUUCGUGAAAACUACUUCACCGUUGGAGAAUUCAACGUGAUCAAUGUCGAUUGGGGAGCAGGUGCUCAGACCAUCAACUACAUCACCGCCAGAAAUCGCGUGGCAUCCGUUGGAGACAUCAUGUCCCGAAUGGUCGACACGCUGGUUUCCGCCACCGGUAUCUCCCGAAACUCCAUCAACCUAGUCGGGCACAGCUUGGGAGCGCACGCUGCCGGAGUUGCGGGUCGCAUGCAAAACGGUCAACUCAACACCGUCGUCGGACUAGAUCCCGCAGGACCGCUGUUCUCCCUCAGUGACAACGACAUCCUGCAGCCAUCGGACGCCCAGUACGUGGAAGCGGUCUUUUCAGCAGCUGGUUCGCUCGGAUUCGAUCUCCCACUGGGAGAUUCGAACUUUUACCCGAACGGAGGACGGUCACAGCCGGGUUGUGGCAUCGACAUUACCGGAAGUUGUGCGCACUCGCGUGCUCACGCACUGUUUGCGGAGUCCGUUUCGACGACGGUAGGAUUCCGGGCGACCCGGUGCGCAUCGCACAGUGAACUCGUGGGCGGAGGAUGCACGUCCAGUGGGCCGGAUGCCCUGAUGGGUGGUGAACCGUCGAACCACGGACGGGGAGUGAACGGAAUCUUCCGGUUUAGCACCAAUUCGAACACGCCGUUUGCUCAGGGUUAGAUGAGAAGGGGUGCUUUAUGGGUGAUUGUGGUGUGAGAUGAGAGGUGUAUGAGAGUGCGUGAUCGAUUAGAAUAAAGAUAGUUAUUGUACAGAACAGUAUUAAAUGGA